UUGCGUCAGAUGGUUCUGGAAUUGCCAAGGCUCAGAAAUGCAGUCUUCCGCGUUUGUAUAACUGGGGAAUGCUGUAUCCUAGAAGCGUGAUAGUUAGAGUCGUGUACAAAUAGUCGAUGCUUUAGUGUUGUAGGAGGACAAUUUCCGACCACUCGCAGACAACCUAACCUUCAACUUUCGGUUCUCGGACCGCCUCAACUUGAGUCCACAUACUCAGUCCGAAACAGACCAUCAGGAUGGCACAGAAAUGCGUACACAAAGGGUGCGGCAAGACGUUCACCGACCCAGAUGAAGAAUGCGUAUACCAUCCUGGGCCGCCGGAAUUCCACGAAGGACAAAAAGGCUGGAAAUGUUGCAAACCGCGCGUCCUGACAUUUGACGAGUUCCUCGCGAUCCCGCCAUGCACCAAGGGCAAACACUCGACGGUGGACGACACACCUGUACCUGCGCCUGCACAGCCCAAGGACCAACCUACUGCCACACCCGUACCCGUGCCGACCAUCAAGCCUUUACAACAACAGCAACAGCCGCAACCUCAACAGCCCAAACAGCCGCCCGAACCUCCAGCCGAAGAAUCCGACGACCCAGACGCCGACGCCUCGAUCCCACCCGGCGCAACAUGCAAGCGACGCGGGUGCGGGAAGAGUCGGGACCCCAACAUCCCCCGCGACGAGGAAGAAUGCGUGUACCAUCCUGGCGUGCCUAUUUUCCACGAAGGCAGUAAAGGAUGGACAUGUUGCAAAAGGCGGGUAUUGGAAUUUGACGAGUUUCUCAAGAUUCAAGGGUGUAAGCGACGGAAGAGACAUUGUUAUAUCGGAAAGAAAAGGGAUGACAAGAAGGGUGCGGGAGCGAAUGGUGUUGUUAAUGGAAAUGGAGGAGGUGAAGAAGAAGAGUUGCUGUCUACUGUGCGCAACGAUUUCUACCAGACGCCCACGAGCGUCAUUGCGAGUUUCUACUUGAAGAAAAUCGUCAAGGAGCGGGCAAAAGUCGAGUUCAGGGGGAAUGGGCUUGAGAUUGACUUGGAUUUGCCGACGAGUGAUCAUAAGCGGUUCAAGAGUACGAUUCCGUUGUUCGCGCCUAUCGAUCCGGAGAAGUCGACGUUUAGGAUCAUGGGGACGAAGUUGGAGUUGGAGUUGGCCAAGAAGGAUGGGACGAGUUGGGCGACUUUGAGGAGUGAUGAGAAGGCUACGGGGGAGAGAAUCCAGGUCGGGCGAGCAGGGCGGUUGAUGUAGGAGGGAAAGUUGAGCCUUGUUAUCUGCUACGAAGGGACUGAGGGUGUUCUCUCCUCACGCGCAACUUGAAGCAGUGACAUGAGCGAGAGAGACGACUAGAAUAAAAAGACUCGGUUUCGAGCAUAUCAACGGCGCAGGGUGCACGCAAGAUCGAUAAACUGAGGUAUGAAAUCUUCAAAUGUAGAAAGACAGAUGCAUGGGUAGUAAUACUGAAAGAAGUAUGAUCAACCAUGCCUUACCAACAAGCAUGUUGAAGCGAAAGCGAUAGGUUUGCAGGGAAUGUGCACGAAGGGACUUUGUUGGAAUCACCUUUUUACAAUUUGGAUGUUGAACGAUUUGGAUAUAACAUCGAACAAAACCAAGCGAACAGAUUUAUUUUGGACCACUG